AACACACAAUCAAGAAGGGAUCAGACAAGCUGUCCUCUAUGUGUGUAUUCCUCCUUGUGUUACCGGCAUUACCCCUCUUCAAAACACGAUAAGCAUAUCACUUUCAUCACAGCUGAUCACAUAAUUGAUUAUGUGUUUCCUGCAUCAUUUUCGUUGGGGUCUGACAUAACUACCGUCCAGCCAUGCAAGAUUUUGAAAGUGCAAUGGAAACAGAUGAGCUAACAGCUAAACCAGCUACCCCACGACCCCGCCAGAAGAAGAAAAGUACAUUAGCAAAGUUGAAGGAAAGGAAACAGAGAGAGCAAAAUUCCAAUCCAUCUGUGCAGAAUUUGGAAAUUCAAGAUGAAUUUGCUUCUGAUCCUAGAACCGCUGAUGGGAUGGUCAAAGACAAUGGGGAAAUGCACUCAGCUAGUAAUGAGAGGGUGAGUUUUCCGGUUGAGAAAAAUGUGGUGCCGAGAAAUGGAACCAAGCCCCGACCAAAACCGAGAAGUCGAGCGGUCUCGUCAGAGUCAAGUAUGGACAAUGUGGAACAUAGCAAAGCUGGGGGUGUCUUUGACACUGAUGAGAAAGACAGAAGGAGAGAAAGACGUUUGGAAAGGAAGGGCUCGUCUACUUCAAUGUCUGAUGCGUCCACGAUUCAGCGGUUGAAAAACCUGAAGAUGGGAGGAGAGCACUCGGACUCUGUGGAGUCUACCAUCAGUCAAAGUGGGUUUGUGCCCAAACCGCCAAUUACCCCUCGAACCCCUCGAACCACCCCCCGAACCCCCCGCGGCUACGUCAUGCUGUCCAAAGGGGAAAAACGCAAUAGAGAGCCAGGCUUAUCAGGAGAUGAGCCCGAAGUGGAAGAGAAAAAGAAAAACUCAUCUAGUCCUCUAAAUCAAAAUAGUACUGUGAAAAGCAGUAAUUCGUCUAAUGUAGACUUAGACAUUUAUUCUGUGUGUUUAUCACCUGGUGCUGUAAAUUCUUCUAAUAAUAGUGUAGACGGUAAUUUUGAAGCAUCUCAGAUCUCUUCUGAACAGGGAGGGAAAUCUCAGAGACUUUUAAAGCGUAGAAAUUCCAAAGAAGCCUUAAGAAUGAAAGGGUCUGGCGUAUCUCCGAGUGAAAAAGACAAUGCCGACUGUGGCAAACCUCCCAUUAGCCGUAGUGCCAAUAGUGUAAACAGUGACAGGUCAAGUUCUCACCGAACUGAUGGCGACAGUAAUGCUGCUGUAGGUGGUUUUCACACCAGCCCUUCUGACUUGUCUCCAUACACUUCUCCAAGGGAUAAAUACCUGAAGACAAGGAGCAGAAGCAAAAGUCCUUCUUCCACCGUCCAGCGACAAUCAUCACGGAGAUCAAGCUGUGAUCGAAAACUCUCCCCAACUACAAGCAAACCGUCAUCAGAAACAGAUUAUGAGUCCCGCGACAACUCACAAACGACUCACGCUUCACGUUUUGGCCAGAUUCUCCUGGCCGACCCCGAGGGCAGCAACAAAAGCACACAGGUCAUAUUCUCCUCGGAGAACCCACACACCGUGCGCUCCAUCGCAACUCCUCCAUCGUCUGCUCGGUUAGAACCAAUCAACUCCAAAUCUCAGCCCCCACCCAUGACAGAUGAGUUUUGUUCUCACAGUAUGAGGACCACCUAUAGAAUUGACCCCAACGCGCGGCCAGCCACAGGCUCCUGUAGAGGUGCAGCAGACAAGUCGGACUCGGGCACACCCAGCACGGCUGAUCGCCUGUCCCAGAAGUCCUUUGCGUCUACCAGCGUGUUGCCUGUCAUCACCACCAAGGAAGCAAGGUCUAGGAGUUACCUGGAGGGCAGCAUUAGCGAGGGCACCACGUCUCUUCUCAGUGCGGAGGAGCUGGACCGUUAUUUCCCAGAACGGAAAGUGCACGUGUUGGUGGGCACCUGGAACAUGAAUGAACUCAAGGAUGUGGUGUCAUCUUUAGACGACUUCAUUCUUCCAGAGAAAUGUGACUAUGUUCAAGACAUAUAUGCCAUAGGAACCCAAGAAAAUGCCAUGAACAAGAAAGAAUGGGAGGUGCGUCUACAAGAGACGUUAGGCCCGUCCCAUGUCAUGUUCCACUCGGUCACUCUGGGCUCGCUGCACCUAGUGGUCUACGUACGCCGGGACCUCAUCUGGUUCUGCUCCACCCCGGAGGACAACGUGAUCUCUCUCAGAGCGAUGACCAUGGUCAAGACAAAGGGAGCCAUUGGCAUCUGCUUUACUUUGUUUGGCACCUCUUACCUGUUCAUCAACUGUCAUCUCACCUCUGACAGAGACAAUGACAAUUCGAGAAAGAAAAACCGCCUGGGAGAUUACUGCAAGGUCAUCCAGGAGAUGAAGUUCCCCAAGUCCAUGUGCAACUCGCUCGCAGCCAAAAAAACAGCUGACGUGACUGCCAUGUUUGACUGUGUUUUCUGGUUUGGGGAUCUGAACUUUCGCAUCGAGCGAAAACGCCACGCAGUGGAGGGAAAAGUUCAUCAAAUCACUGCCGAGGAAUUUCCCAAUUUUGAAACAUUGCUGGGUGGAGACCAGCUGCAUAAAUAUAUGACAGAAGGAAAGAUCUUUGCAGGAUUUCAGGAAGGUCGGAUCAACUUCCACCCGACGUUCAAGUUUGACGUGAACCACGACACAUACGACAGUAGCUCCAAGAACAGAGUCCCUUCUUACACAGAUCGCGUCAUGUUUCGCUGCAAAAAGAAAAAUGAUGUCACAUGUUUGCACUAUGAUGCUGUGAUGGCCAUCAAGAUCUCUGACCACCGUCCAGUCUAUGGUCAGUACGAAACUGGAGUCCGACCGGGCAAAGAUGACACGGUCUACUCGGCCGGUCACUUUGACAGAGCCGUUUACAUGGAAGCCAACAAGCGCCGCGCGGCCAGCCAGCCCGUGAGCAAACGCGUGAGUUCUGUUUGUUCUCUUCAAUGACCACAGUUGGCGGGUCGGAAGGUGGGAGCAAAGGGCGCUAACUCGCACACCAUCCUCCUUCACCAUCUCUUGCUUCCGAUUGAGUCCCAAUAUCUUCUAACCGACUCCCUCCCUACGAUUUUAAAUGUCUGACGGCUUUUUAGUUUUUAAAAAUUAGUUUUCUGUAGCUAUUGAAACACAGAGGUUUUUCGUGUAAAUUUUUUAUUUUUGUUUUUGUUUGGUUCAGGAUGGUGUCGUUUUGUUCGUAGAUAGAAAAACUAAUUUUCUCCCUCGGGGGCUCAUGUUGAACAUAUUCAAUGACUUUGUAGCCAACUAGACGUUUUCCUGUGUUUUCUUCUGCCUCUAGUAACUUCACACUUUUCUCUGCUUGUCGUAGAAGGUUUUCAGGUUUUAUCUCGACGGAACAAUAAAACUUCAUUCAUGACAAGUAAUAAAUAUGUUUUAUACAAACAUGUUUUGGUUUUUUUCUUAUACUGGUUACAGGCCACAAUUGGCUUGAUAGAAUGUUUAUUGUUUUUAUUGGCUGUUUUUGUUUUGUUUUUUGGAGCCUUUGUUUUUUUCUUGUCUUUUAUUACAGUCAAUGGGAUGCUUGUAGUUGUGUGUCAUUAGUUUUGAAAUAUUUAUACAUAAAAGUAAGCAACCAUUUUGUGUUUGGACAUAAUAACAGAGUUUGAGUGUUCAGAUAACUUGCUGGAGGUGGGGUCCCAGUGUCUAUGGUAUAAUGGUCAGGUUCUUUGCUGUUGCACUUAAAAGGUGGGGGUUCAACUCUCGAGUGGGAAAGUUUUUUUUUUUUAUAGUGUAUUUUAAUCUGUUUGCUGAGAUUUUGUAUUUGGGGGGAGGGGGGGGAUUGUUCUCUAACUGUGAGUAUCCAAAGUGUUGUUUGAGGGUCAGUUACUUGAUGGACAUUCCAGCAUGGGUCCUGUCUAUGACUGGACUGAGUGGAAAGGGAGUUUAAACUAACCACAAUCCUUUUAUAAGAGGUAAAGAUGUUUUUCUGUUGCCUUGAAUUUGUGUUUUGCUUAACGGCUGUCCAUUUAUUUUUGCUAUUGCAAGAAUAGUUUUGCAUUUGAAAAUGCAUAACGUGUUUUGCAGAUUUGACAAAUGGCAUUUUUGUUUAGUGUUUUUGGAGUUAUGGAGAGUGUUUUGAUUUUGUCGCUUUAAUUCUCUGUACAUACAGAAUAAUUUAUUGAGUGAGUAACAAAGUAACAGCUUUGAGCUAACAAACAAAUGAUGCUUGUUGUAGCAUGAGCCAAGUGAAUGGUUUGGCAAGUGGUUUUUGAGGUGGAUGAUUUAGCAGUUUUAAAGUUUGUAUAUAAUGUUCUGUUUUCAGACAAAUUUCUUUUGCCAUUUUUAAAGAUCUUGGUAUGGUAUAUGUGGAAGUGUUGUUAUUUGUUUUUGGUUGCAUCUCGGUUGCUUUUGACAUUUCUUCAUGGUUUUCAGAAAUUUGUUUCUCCUUCAUUUUCAUUCUUUCUUUGUUUUCAUCCUUCUGUUCUUGAUUCUUCCUUUCUGGAAUCAAGGAAGGACUUAUUUGUAUUACACAUCUUUCUAUUGACACAAUUAGUCUGUGACACUACCUGUAACUUUUACCUAGAGAAACCCUAUUGAGGGCUACAUGUCUGUAAAACCAAGAAAAACUUUUUUGAAGGCAACAACCUCACUGAAAUUUUUUGAGAGAAAGAGAUGUUGAAGGCCAUAUAUAUAGAUUAGAGGGUCAAAUUAACAUGAAAUGUAAGCAUGCCAGUUGUUCAUUUGUAGCUAGAAAAAAAAAUCAUCUGAAAACAUUUUUGUGGAUGGCUUAAAGACACGGAUGCCCUCCAAAACAAACCAAGCUGUUAAAACGAAUUGGCCUUAAUUUUUAUUCCUAGGUAGAUAAUUUCUCAUGUGUUCCCUUCUGUGGAGUAUUUCUUGUCCAGUACUUUUCGUCUAGAACUUUUGUUUCCCCCUAUUCUCUUAAAACUCUGGUAAUAAUUUCAGCUGUUUGACUGGAAAAGCUGAUUUUUUUCCUUGUAAAUUCUUUCUAGGAAUCCCAAUGUCCUUUUGAAACACAUAGAUCUAGUAUGAGAUUGUGAAAUACUUCGAUCUAUUACAAGGUUGCUCAUAGCAAAGUUCUUCACUUUUGAGAAUAUUGUUUGAAAAUCUUCAAGGUUGUUGGAAAGUGUUUUAUGUUUUAUAAGUGACCUUUAAAAUGUCCUUUAGGGUUUCAAACAAGAAACAUUUAGAGAUACACUCUCAAGAGAGAGAGAGUAUGUUUGUGUGUGUAUGUGUGUGUGUGUGUGCGCGCGCGUGCAGGUACUUGUGCUAGAUAUGAUAAUUAUAUUAUAGAAUUUUUCAAAUCUAGUCAUUCAUAGACUAGACAAGAGAAAAAAGUUACAAAAGAAUGCCUGCUGGAGUAAUGCCCAAGAAAGGUAAUCUCACCUAGAAAAAGUUUGGAUAACAUGUUUUGUGAUUUUUACUAGGGGACAUUUGACUUUAUAUUGAUGGUUCUAGUAAAGAUACAGCAAUAAAAUAGAUACUGCUGCUCAUCCUCUUAACUUUUUUUUUUCAUUUAUCUCAUUCAUAUAUUCGUUAAAACAGCUGCCCGUUCUUUGUAAAACUGGUACCAUGAGCCCAGUGAAUAACUUUUGUGUCAAAGUUUUGUUUCUGUAAAUAGUUGUCACUUUUAAAAAAGUGAAUUAACUCUUUCUAGCCAUAUCAUUUAGAGGCCUAUAAUCGAUUACAUGAGGCUAAUGUACAUAUACAGUGGGUGAAACUUCUGUGUAAAACUGAAUGUGUCAUGUGUAAGGGUAAAGUGUGUUUGUGAACCUACUUGUAAGACAGAGAGAAACUAUUUAGCUAUUGUGUUGUUCCAGGUAUGCUGGUUUGUUUGUGUAGGUUACUGGAAAACUGGAUUGUCAUUUUUCUGGGUAUUAUUUUACUUUCACUACCGUCUCGUGCCUAGGUAUUAUUGUGUAGCACUUCUUGGGGGUUCAUUUUCAUAUGUUUUCGCACUAAUUUCGACUUCAUAUAUCCAUCGCAAAUUGAUAGAUUUUGAAAAAUGUGAUAGUUUUUACUGGAACUAUAAAUUACAUUAAGCCUAAUUUCUUUGUAAUAUUUCAUGCGGAUUUUUUUUUAUCUGAGGGUUUCCGGUGGCAUACCCCUUGUAUUUCCCUAUAAUUUGAUGUUUUGCAUGCAGAGUUGAGAUUAUCUGGAAAAUAAUUGAUUUUCAGCGGUUUUAUUGAUCAUAAGUAUGUUCUUCAGCCAAGAAUACGGUGGUGUAGCCCCCAAAAGCAGUGCAUCUGUGUGCAGGAGUGGAAGUAAAACUUAACCUUUUUCUGUGUUGUAACUUUUCUUGCCAUAUUGCUUCUCCCAUGUCUUUUUCAUACAGUUUGGGUUUUUUCCUCUUUUCUUAUUGGUUUUGAUUUGUUAUUCUGUUUUUAAAAAUUUCUCUCUUUUGAAUACCUGUGGAUAGCCCCAGCAUAUUCUUGUAGAUACGUAGAAGUAGUAGAACACCUCUGUUAAUACUUUUCUUUUUAUUCUAGAUUUAGUGCUCCAGUUUUAUGGGCAUUUCUGUUGUGACCUAAUUGUGUCUCCAAUAUAUAGAAUAUGUGUUCAAAUCUUAAGUGACAUGUUUGGAAGAGGAAAAUGUAGUGUGUUCUAAUAUAUAUAUAGAUUGAUAGAUAGAUAGAUAGAUCAAAGGACAUUUGGGACUCACAAUAUUGAAUAUUAGGUUGGGUUGUUUUUUUCUCUGCACACCACAACAUGCAUCAUUAACAGUAUUGUUUGUAGAUAUAAUAAUAGUUCAAUGAGCACAUGAUUACAUGUGUUGGGUUGUGUUUCAUAAGGUCACUGGCAUUGGGCUUUCGUACUAUUCUAUAUUUGUGUAGAGCACAGUACAGUGUGCCGAUCUACUCCUUCAUCUGUUGUGUGUGACGGAAUGUUAAGCUGGUAACAUCAAAAAGAAGGCGCAAUGCUGCCGUGUGCAGCUCAAAUUUCAGUUACUAAGAGGUCGAUGUGAAAAGACUUUUGAAAAGGAAAAUUUGCUGCAAGCGUGGAAAUCCCAACUGUACUCUGUCAACAGUCAUUGUUACCAGUUCGUUUUCAUUCUAAUCGUGCCAUUUUUAUCUUUGCCUGUGUGAAUUUCUUGACAUAUUCUACAUUUUAAGUGAGAGAGAUUACUUGAGACUACUAAACUACACACUUUUUGUUAAAAGCAAGAGGAAAAAUGAAAGUUGUUUUGAACAAUUUUGACUUAUCUAAAAUAUGACUGCCUAGUUUGUUUAUAAAGGCCCAGUAGCUCCCCACCAAAUUACUACUUGUCGUAGUGCAGAUGGAAUUACAUGUGUAUUUCUGAUUUUCUACAAUUAUAGCUGUCUGAUCUAUUUAUAGAGUAGCGAUACUCACAAUCAGACACCUGGGAUAUUGGGUGGCUUGGUUUUAAAUUUCACCCGUUGUCUGUAACGUUGAUUUGCUGACGUGCCAUUGUUGACUUCUUGUAGGCAUGACAGUAUACUGUUUUUAUGUUACUUUUGUCUACAUCAUGAUCUUUGUAGAAACACUUGUGGAGUGUCAUUUUAUGUUUGAUAUUUUUCUAAUGGCUUUUCUUUUUUUUUUUUCUUUCAUUUUCAUCUUUUGAGUUUUGCUUGCAUGCCUGUCCUUUCUUAUUUUUCUAGAGUAAACUGCGGUCAAAAUGAGGCUAAGUCGCAGGUAUUGCCAUCGUGUGUGGAAGAGGAAAUGGGCUCUCUUGUCUACCAACAGUGCGUGAUGGGGCAACUUCCUGUCGCGACCUCGCCACUUGUCACACGUGUGCACCACGCAACCUAGUGGUGGAGCUUUUUGACUCUACUUUGCUCUGAAGGAUCCAAUUUGUUUUUAUUGUUAAUGUUUGUUCCAAAAUACGCAGUAGUUGAUUAUAUUUGUUGAAAUCUGUUGUAAAACAAAUGUAUUCAAGAUUUUCAACCUGUAGGUUUCUAUGAUCCUCUCACUUUUUUGGUUUGUAUAAAAUGCAGAUCUGAUUUGAAAUUUACAAUGUAUAAAACUAUUCUGAAGUAUGUAUUGAUAUGACACAUUCAUGCUUUUGUUUAUGAGUGUGAAAAUAUGGAUGUUAGAUGAAGAAAGAAUUUAGGAGUGUUGAUCUAAAAGCGUAAAACUAUUUCAAAAUAUUUAUGCAUUCAGUUUUUGCAUUUAAUUUUCAUUAGUGAGCUUAAAAAUAUUGAUGUAUGAAGGAGGAAAAGUUAUAUGAAUGUGUGUGUGCGUGCGCGCGUGCUUGCGUGCGUGUGUGCGUGCGUGCAUGUAUGCGUAACUGGUGUAGAAAGGAAAGGAAGUAGGGAGGUAUAAAUCUGCUGUUGUCAUGUAGUAUGUCGUCCAUGACUCAAACAAGAUUUGUGUGACUGCUGUGAUAUGUACAUUAUUUUUUAGUUCCUUGAUUUUUUAUACAUGAUGUAAACGAUAAUGAUAUAUCAUGACAGUUAGUUUGACUGAACGUGUGUUUUAACUCAACCUCUGUUUGUGACAUAUUUUCUGAGACCCCUUCCCUGUUCUGUUCAGCUCUCCUUCACCUUCUGCAGCAAUUCCUGUUCGAAAAGAUUCCCCAGAAGUAUGCAAAUAAUUAACACAGAGCCCAGUUGUUUUAAUAGCUUGAUAUGAACAUAUUUCCUCACUCUGAACUCUAUUCUCAGAGGUGUGUUGGGAAACAAAACGUCAAAAUUCAGUCCUCCCAGUUUCACGUUUUCCCACCCAGCAAUUACUCGUAGUUUUUCUUUGGAACGAUUAUAUUUUUGUGAUUAAUAGCCCAAUUUAUAUCAAUGUACUUGUGGUAUUGAAAUGAAGGGAAUUUAAUGAUGACAUCGAAAACUGUUCCAGUUUGAUAAAAUUCUGUCUACAUCUUAUUUUGAUUGCCGCUGAUGCAUAUUUUAAAAUAAAACUCUUUUAAUCUCUGAUGUAUGCUCCUUUUUGGUGGCAAUGUUUAAAAUUUGGAACAAUAAUAAACUUGUGGCUUUAUUUUAUUGUGUUCAUAAUCUCAUAGUAGGGAGUUAAUUAUUUUUGAUUUUAUAAGCUGAUAGCUGAACAUCUUAUGGCUCCGCAUCUUAUAGCCGUUAUAAUUGUUAACAUUUUACAAGACUAUAACUGAAUAUCUUAUGAGCCAUGAAUCAUUAUGAAUACAAUAUGAGCUGAUAGGCAAAUGCCCCAGCUUGUAUUGUGUGCAAAUACUCUAGAGUUAUUUAUGCUAUUUGUUAUUGUUGAUAUUACCAUAAUAUUGAAUUAUAGUGCUUUAAGCCUGCCUCUAGCCCAAAGUGAAAAAUCAAAGCCAUUUAUGUAUUUAUCAUUGUAUAUAUGUGUCUGUACAGGUGUUUGGUACGUAAAUAUUUCUGUUUAUGUGUUUGGUAGUUGUGUUGAUGUUGGAAUAUAAAAAGAACUAACUUGAUCUACUCUAUUGUAAUUCUCACUAAAAAUCUUUUUCUGAGUGAAGAGAAAUUCAUCAACACAGAAACAGCUGCAGUAUUUAGUGCUGGCGUAAACAAGGCAACCUGAAAAAAAAAAGAGAGAAAGAAAAGAAUCAAGAGCUCUAACAGUGGUGCCCUCCAACUACCCACUCACGGUACAUUUAUAGAAGAGAAAUUUUUUAAUUAACUUUGGAUGUUUUGUUUAAGGUAGAAGUCAUGUAAACUUAGGAGUUUACCACGUCUGUGGUAUAGUGGUAAGGUGAAUGGGUGUGGCACUCAAAAGACUUGAGUUCUAUUCCCAAGUGGGGAAAUUUUUUAUCAAGUAUCUACGCUGUGUCUGUUAGGAUGUAAUAUCCCUCUCAACCAGGGUUGGAAGCAGCCUGCCUCCAGAAUGAUCGGAAAAGUGUUGAUGGGGGUGUAAAAGAUUUACAGUUUCACUUCUAAGAGUUUUGGUCACUGAAUGGACACAGAAAUUUGGUCAGUCUAUAAUAUGUGUGUGGAGAGAGAGA